AUGAUACUCCAUCGCUCAGCAACAACAAUGCUUCCACUCUACAAACUAUCGUCAUCUCCCCCUAAACUCUUCUCUCAAUUCAGAUAUUCCUACUCUGUUCUCUCCAAUUCUUUAUCUUCGUUCCGGAUUAGCUUGCUUUGGCUGAGCCACCCCCGCCCUUUCGGAACCGUCACUACUGCCGCGUAUCGGAAAGAAGGAGGAGAUACGUUUUUCACUGAAGAAAGCGUUUCAUGGACUUCCCUUGGCGUAUCCGAUAAGGUUUCUCAAGCUCUCUAUAAUGCCGGCCUUGGCCAACCAUCACUGGUUCAGGCUGCUAGCAUACCAUCUAUACUUUCAGGAAAGGAUGUGGUGGUUGCCGCUGAAACUGGUAGUGGCAAAACGCAUAGCUUCCUUGUCCCUCUAAUUGAUAAGCUAUGCAAUGAACAGAACGAAUCUGUGAAUAUUGCUUCUUCUGAUCAAGGAGUCUCCCAACCCCGUAAGAUUUCUCUUGUUUUGUGUCCAAAUGUAACACUGUCUGAGCAAGUGGUUCGGAUGGCGGACGGUCUUUGUGACGAAAAUGGCAAACCACUUCUAAGUGUUGUAUCCCUAUGUGGGAGACAGGGAUGGCCGGUUAAUGAACCUGAUAUUAUUGUUUCAACACCAGCCGCUCUUCUGAAUAAUAUUGACCCAAAAAAUUUCCGUCGUACGGAUUUUAUACGGAGUGUAAAAUAUGUGGUGUUUGAUGAAGCGGAUAUGCUUCUCUCUGGGGGCUACCAGAAUAAGGUUAUCCGUCUCAUACACAUGCUCCGCUUUGACGAAAAGCUAUUGUCACGGUCAAAUGAACAAAAUCUACCAGAAUCUGAAACUUCAUCACAUUUCAGUACAGAAGAUGAAGACAAUCUGCAGGAUGAAAAUUUGUCAGAAGAAGAGGGAGAUGCUGUGGAAAAUGAUGACUUAGAUGAGGAGCUUGAGGCAGGGCAUGUCAAAAGUACAGACUGGAGGAGAGUGAGAAAAAUUUAUAAGCGCAGUAAACAAUACAUUUUUGUUGCAGCCACUCUUCCAGUAAAUGGAAAGAGAACUGCCGGGGCAGUGUUGAAAAAGAUGUUUCCCGAGGCCAAUUGGGUUAGUGGAAACUACCUCCAUUGUCACAACCCCAGAUUAAAGCAAAGGUGGAUUGAAGUUACUUUUGAUACUCAAGUGGAUGAACUUAUAAAGGCUGUGAAGCAUGGAUUUGAGUCGAGAUCAGUUUCUGGUCAGUGCCGAACAAUGGUAUUUGCAAAUACUGUGGAGGCUGUGGAAUCAGUGGCAAAGAUAUUGAUGAGAGGUGGCAUUGAAUGCUACCAUUACCAUAAAGAUUGCUCCUUGGAAGACCGAGCAAAGACAUUGGCUGAUUUCCAAGAGAAAGGUGGUAUUCUUGUGUGCACAGAUGCUGCUGCACGUGGCAUUGACAUUCCAAACGUAUCACAUGUUAUCCAGGCAGAUUUUGCUACUUCUGCUGUGGAUUUUAUACACAGGGUUGGUCGCACAGCCAGAGCUGGUCAGUACGGACUUGUAACUAGCAUGUAUACUGAAUCCAACCGAGAUCUGGUUGCUGCAGUUCGUCAAGCAGGGGAACUUAGUCAGCCUGUGGAGACAGCAUUUAGCAGGAAAAGAAGCUUUCGAAAUAAGCUUAAGAAAAGAGCAGCUUUGCAAAGGAUCACAGAUUCACGAGCUGAUGAAGAGCGUGUUCUAGCAUAG